AAAAAACAGAGAAGAUGACAUUGGGACAAAGCCCGAUUUCCCACCUACGAUACAAGUCGGAACGCAUUUCUCAUCCAAUCAAACAUGUCUCAGAAAGCCCACCUUAUCGAUUCUGACGGCAAGAACAUCGAGAACCAACACUACUAUAAGAUCCGCCUCGCCGACGGCAGUGAACUCGGAUACGCGCCGACCGGAAUGUCCAUCACCAGCGCCAAAGCCGUCUGCGCGCCCAUGCCCUCCAAUGCUGGGGCCCUCUUCCGGUUCGUACCAAAAGACGAUAGCAAAAACGGUGUACCAUGGACCGUUGGAGACGUUGGAUACCUGAAAGGGCUGCAGAGCAGGGAGGACGGCACAGUACUCAAGAUGAACUUGACCUUGUCGACGGGCAGUCUCCCGGCUUUGGGGUGGUACGAUUCGCCUCCGUGGGGAUUCACAGGGAAGCAGCUUGCCGGGAACAGAAUUGCACUUUAUGCGCGUAAUAAAGACGCGAAGGAUGUUGGACUGGUGGUGGUUGAUCUUGGGAGGAACGAGUCGACGCUUGUGGAGGACCGGUCCGGAGAGCAUAUUCCGUUGGACUGUCAGUUUGUGAGGAUGGCUCCGAUUACGACAAAAUUCUAGGUGCUCUGUAUCUAUUUACUCGUAUUCCAACUCGUUCGAAAGCAUGAAAAGGGACAUUCUUCCCCUUCCUCAGUCGCCAGUUUUGAUAUUGAUUUUUGCGUGUACAUGUGUCAUGUUGCUGUGGUAAAAGCUAGGAACGGUGUCUAGCCAGGCUAUUGCUCCCAUGUCAC